CUUACAGAACUCGCUGCAUACUACAGCGAGACUGCGACGAAACUACUGCAAUCAUGGCGCCAUCAUUUGACAACCUCGAUGAAGACUUCGACAUUGACGAUGAGGAGAUUGACUUCUCAGACCUUCGCGAGAAGUUCGAGACGACCAUGGAGGAUGGUCUGGACACAUUCAUUGUGAUUGAUGGCCUGCCGAAGGUGCCCGAGGCCAGCAAGGAGAAGCUCAUCAAGUUCUUGCUGCGAAAGUUGACCACCGUGGGCAAGACCAAAGAUGAGAAUGUGGUGAUGCCGACUGGAGAGGAUGGUCUUACUGAGGGAUUUGCCUUUGUCGAGUACGAGACCUCCGCGCAAGCCGCUGCUGCAGUCAAGGCACUCCAUGCCACCGCUCUUGACAAGAAGCACACAAUCGCCGUGAACAAGCUCACCGACAUCGAGCGCUAUGGAAGAGAAGGUAGAAUCGAUGAGAACUACAAGGCACCAGAGAUUGCGCCAUUCGAAGAGAAAGAGCAUUUGAGAUGGUGGUUGGGUGAUCCAGAAGGCAGAGAUCAGUUCGUGAUGUACCGUGGCGACAAUGUAGGCGUCUUCUGGAACGAGAGAGAAGCGCAGCCAGAACCAGUCGUGGAUCGACAGCACUGGACCGAGUCAUUCGUACAGUGGUCGCCAAAGGGCACGUAUCUGACUUCGAUGCACGCUCAGGGUGUCCAGCUGUGGGGUGGUCAAACCUGGUCGAGGCAGAAGAGGUUCAUGCACCCCGGCGUUAAUCUCGUCGACUUCUCGCCCGAUGAGCGCUUUAUGACCACUUGGUCGCAUCGUCCGAUGACCGUGGAAGAGGGCAAUCCAGUGCUCUCGGUCGAGGAAGACGGCAAGAACUACAUCAUCUGGGAUGUCGCAACCGCGAAGCCGCUUCGAUCAUUCCAGACCUUGGAUCUCCCAGGGCCGACUAUGGACGCGGAGGGCAACCCGAUCAAGAAGAAGAUCCAAUGGCCCGCAUUCAAGUGGUCCGCCGACGCGAAGUAUGUCGCACGCAUGACACAAGGCCAAGGCAUUUCCAUAUACGAGCUCCCUAGCAUGCGACUUAUGGACAAGACUAGUGUGAAGAUUGAGGGCGUCAUGGAUUUCGAGUGGUGUCCAUCGAAUCCACAGCGUGUCGACAAACGUGACUACGAACAGCUUUUCUGCUACUGGACGCCCGAGAUGGGAUCGAACCCAGCAAAGGUCGGUCUCAUGUCUAUCCCAUCGAAGGAGAUUGUGCGAACACGAAAUCUAUUCAACGUCAGCGACGCAAAGCUGCAUUGGCAAUCCGACUCGGCAUACGUCUGCGUAAAGGUCGACCGACACAGCAAAUCCAAGAAGUCGCUCGCCACCAACCUCGAAAUUUUCCGCGUCAAGGAGAAGGGUGUGCCUGUCGAAGUCGUUGAUAGCAUCAAAGACACAGUCAUCAACUUUGCAUGGGAACCGAAGGGUGAUCGCUUUGUGCUCAUAACGGCAGGCGAGGUUCCCGCAGGAGCAGCCGUGCCACCAAAGACAUCGGUUUCCUUCUUCUGUCCCGAGAAGGCUAAGGGAAAUGCUGUUGGCAACUUCAAGCUCAUCCGGACUGUUGACAAGAAAAACAACAAUGCCAUCCACUGGUCGCCAAAUGGUCGCUUCGUCAUUGUUGCCACUGUGCUCAACCAGCAGAGCUUCGAUCUUGACUUCUGGGACUUCGACUUUGAGGGUGAGAGGGAAGAAAAGGACAAGGAUCUUACUGCCAACCUCCAACUCAUGUCCACUGCGGACCACUACGGUGUGACUGACAUUGAGUGGGAUCCAUCUGGACGAUUUGUCGCGACGAGCGCCAGUGUCUGGAAGCACAGAAUGGAAAACGGAUACCACAUGUACGACUUCUCUGGGAAGCUCCUUCGUGAAGAGCCAAUCGAGCAAUUCAAGCAAUUCACUUGGCGACCACGACCAGAGCGCCUGCUUAGCAAGGAGGAGAUGAAGAACAUUCGCAAGAACCUUCGCGAAUACUCCAAGCAAUUCGACGAGGCAGAUACUGCCAAGCGCAGCUCCGCCGACAAGGCCGUCAUCGAGGCGCGCAGAAGACAACUUGACGAGUGGAUUGCGUGGAGAGAGCGUACGCGUGAAGAACUCCUUGAGGAGAGACACGGGCUCGGUCUGCCUGAAAAGACUCCUGAACAAGCAGCACUUGAUGUCGAGGAGGAUGGUGACGAGAGCAAGGUGGUCGAGGAGAUCUUCGAAGAGAUCAUUGAGGAGACUGAGGAGAUUAUGGAGUAAAGGACAUACUUCUGGCGUUUAUCAAGCGAGAUGCAUAGAAAGCUUUUGCGAGAAUCAUGAAGCAUGAAAGGUGGGCUAUGGGGUGCAGUGCUCACAGCUAGGCCAGCAGCCUUGUUGAAUGGCAAUCCUUUUGCAGCGUG